AUGGAUCCACCACUGGCAGAGCAUUGUGCUCGUCUUCUCAGGCAACUAGAGAAGAUGAGAGCUGCUGAGGAGCUCACUGAUGUAGUUCUGCUAGCUGAUGGGAUUCCUUUUUCUUGCCACAAGGUGGUGUUGUCUGCAUUCAGCCCUUACUUUCAGGCCAUGUUUACAUGUGGUUUGAAAGAAACGAGGGGGGGUGAGGUACCCCUGAGAGACACCCCUGCUCACAGCCUGGGACUUCUCCUUGGUUACAUGUACCGUGCAGAGCUUCCCCUGUCCAACGACAACAUCCAGGCAGUGUCUGCUGCUGCCUUCCUGCUCCAUAUAGAUGGAGCCUUCAGGUUGUGUCAAAACCACAUGGAGGCCAGUAUGGACGUUUCCAACUGUGUUGGUUUGUACCACUGGGCCAGAGACCUGGGGGCCACUGGUUUAGCUGACUGUGCUUUUCGAUACCUCUGCCAACACUUUGCACAGGUUUGUGAGGAGGAAGAAAUCCUCGAGCUGGAUGCUGACAGACUGGCGGAUCUGCUAGCUUCAGACGACCUCAACAUUUCCCAGGAGGAGGUGGUGCUGGAACUAGUGUUGCGUUGGGUGGAGAGGCGGUUUGGGAACUUGCGGAGUGAAGCUCAGGCUGUGGAGUUACUCAGGCAUGUCCGCCUGGAGCUUGUGGACCCUGUGGUGCUACGGAGAGCCAGGAGAAGAAACCCGGUUUUGCUGCAGGACUUUGAGUGCGUUGCAAUGAUCGAUGCUGCCCUCCAGACUUCAGGUCUCUGUGAGGCUCCAACUCCACCUCGACCAGCCCUCCGUUAUGGGAUGGAGACCACCGACAUCCUGCUCUGCCUGGGAGGAGUGGACAAAGAUGGAGUGCCUGCACGACGUGGCGGCCUCGCCGAUCUCAGCUUUUGCUUUGCCCCCAAUGGCAGAAGAACUUACUACAUACCUUCUCCCCUUAAAGGCUGUGGAGGCUUUGGUCAGAUCACAGCAGGGGUUGUGACACGUGACAACAGCAUAGUUGUUGCAGUGGAGGCGCAGGGCCAAAACAGGGUGAAGAGAAUGGAUAUCUUUAGAUAUGAUCCUGCAGAGGAGUCCUGCUGGGUGCAGCUUUGCUCACCAGCACACAGAGACAUGUUUGCUAUAGGGAUGCUGGGCGACGCCCUCUACAUGAUAGGUGGCCAGAUGAAAGUGCACCAUCAUUACAUCAUCACAGACAGUGUGAUGAGGUGGUCACUGAAGAGAGGAGGCAGUUGGCUGUCUUUCGCCCCGCUGCCUCUUCCUCUAGCCUGCCACUGCACUGUCAGCCUGAAGGAGCAUCUUUAUGUGCUGGGAGGCUGGACACCACAGAACCUACCAGAUGAAGAGCCAGAUAAGCUGAGUAACCGAGUGUUUCAGUUCGAUCCCGGUAAGGACAGAUGGACAGAGUGCGCCAGGAUGAAGUACUCGAGGUAUCGCUGUGGCACCGCUGUUCUCAAUGGAGAAAUCUACAUUUUAGGUGGCAUAGGCUGCGAUGGAGAAGAUCGAGGACAAUCACGUAGCUGUCUGAGCUCUGUAGAACUCUACAACCCAGUAACAGACACUUGGAGGCCAGGACCGACUCUGCCUACAUCUCUGCUCUCCCUUAGAAACUACACCUCCAAUGUAGGAGCAGUUGAUGGCAAACUGUACCUCUGUGGAUACUACAAGGGGGCUAGCCGCCAUGAGAUCAUCACCAAGGAGAUUUUGGAACUGGACCCUACAGAGAAUGCAUGGGCAGUGGUAGAAAGACGUGCAGCAAUGCAAGACAGCUAUGAUGUCUGUCUGGUGGCUAACCUCAAUCCUCGUGAUCUCCUUACAUCAUAAUUCAUCCUUUUAUGGCUGGAUAGUGUGUACCACGGGGCACUGAGAUACAUCACCAACUGCGCUCCCCUUACUCACCAUUGUGUGUUAUACUCAAUGGUUAACUGGACGGCUUUAUGUGCUCGACGCCUCAAUCAUUGGUAUGUGUUCAUCUACAAAACCAUUCUGGGUAUCACUCCAUCGUAUCUGUCUUGUCUUUUAACAAAGAAACAAGGAAGUCACAAUCUUCGUUCAAUAAAUGUUCUGCAAUUUGUCGUCCCCAAAGUAAGAACUGAACUGGGCAAGAAAGCAUUUAGGUUUUCAGCACCGAAGGCUUGGAAUAACCUACAAUCUUCAACUUCAAACCCUUGUUACGUUGAAUGAGUUUAAAGCUUUUGUGAAAGGACUGCAGUCUCGUGGCGAAGUUGGUAGAGUGGCCGU